CAAUUGUUGCCAGCGGGUGCGAAUCCAUGUUAUCUUCUCCUACUUCGCCAGCUGACAACCUUGUUUUGCCUCCCACGACUCGCCGUGCGUCCGAACCCCUCUUCCAAUCUCCAUCCUGGCAUCUCCUCUCUGUAGCGACCAGUGUGUGUCCGGCGUCCCUUCCCUGCAGUCAGGCCGUGCCGCUCUUCCAAUCUCCAUCUCGGUACCCCCCCUCGCCCAGUCGCCUACUCGCGGUGCCCCUCUCCCCCCUUUCUGUGACGUCGUGACGUUGGAGUCAACCGUUAGAGGCUUGGAGCUGUGUCGUUUAGCUAAAGUUGAGGCACAGUGAAGUGAAGCGCAGUGGAGGGAAUCUGAAUGUAUCAGCUGGCUGCCAUCCAACUUUAAAUUGGAUAUUUGUCAAUAAAGGCCAUGGAAAACUCACUUUCAGCUACUGCAACACUGUCUCUGCACUUGCAUUGUUUCCCUUCUAACACCAUAACCAGUACCAAACAUAACAGUUCCCGCAUAUUCAAGUUCAGAGCUUCUACUCAAUCUCUCUCAGUUUCUUGCGAAGCACCUCCAACAUUAGGCUACAAAAUACAGAAAUUCUCCUCUGACAAGGUGAAACCUUUUGCAGAAAAAGAUGCAUUCCCUUCAUCAUUACCCCUCCACAACAAAAACCCACGUUCCAUUUACAAGGACAUUAAGAAAUUUGCUAGGGAGAACCAGCUGCGAAAAGCUCUUAUCAUUCUGGACUACAUGGACCAACGGGGUAUCCCUGUGAACCCCACGACAUUCUCUGCCUUAAUUGCUGCUUGUGUUCGCACCAAAUCCUUGAAAGAGGGAAGAGAGAUUCACACCCAUAUUCGGAUUAAUGGGCUUGAAAAGAAUGAAUUUUUACGCACAAAGCUUGUACAUAUGUACACAUCUUGUGGCUCUUUGGAAGAAGCUAAACAAUUAUUUGAAGAUUGCUCUUGUUGGAGUGUAUAUCCCUGGAAUGCCUUACUUAGAGGAACUGUGAUUUCUGGUAAGAAGCAAUAUCGUGAUGUGCUUGCAACUUUUUCAGAAAUGCGCGCAUUGGGGAUUGAAUUGAAUGUAUACUCUUUCUCAAGUGUUAUCAAAAGCUUUGCUGGUGCACCUGCACUUUUUCAAGGAUUGAAGACUCAUGCCCUUUUAAUUAAGAAUGGUUUAGUUGACAGUUCCAUUCUUCGGACAAGUUUGAUUGAUAUGUAUUUUAAGUGUGGCAAGGUUAGGCUUGCCCACCGUGUGUUUGAGGAAACUCUUGAGAGAGAUGUUGUGGCAUGGGGAGCAAUGAUUGCUGGUUUUGCACAUAACAGGUUGUAUAGGGAGGCAUUGGAGUAUGUAAGGUGGAUGGUAGAGGAAGGAAGAAAGCCAAAUUCAGUUAUAAUGACCACUAUUCUUCCUGCAAUUGGUGAAGUUUGUGCACGAAGGCUAGGGCAGGAGGUUCAUGCUUAUGUACUGAAAACAAAAUCAUAUUCUAAGCAAGUACCAAUUCAGUCUGCUUUAAUUGAUAUGUAUUGCAAGUGUGGGGACCUGAGUUCAGGAAGACGGGUGUUUUAUGGCUCAAUGGAGAGAAAUGUCAUUUGUUGGACCGCCCUGAUGUCAGGUUAUGCCAUUAAUGGGAGACUAGAGCAGGCACUAAGAUCUACAAUUUGGAUGCAGCAAGAAGGGUUCAAGCCUGAUAUUGUCACAGUUGCUACUGCUCUUCCAAUUUGUGCUGAGUUAAGGGCUCUCAAACAAGGGAAGGAGAUUCAUGCUUAUUCCUUGAAAAAUGGGUUUUUACCUAACGUAUCUAUAGUUUCUUCUUUGAUGGUAAUGUACUCUAAGUGCCGAAUAAUUGAUUACUCCGUGAAACUAUUUGAUCACAUGGAGCACAGAAACGUGAUUUUGUGGACAGCCAUGAUUGAUUCAUUUAUAGAAAAUGGGAAUUUAUAUGAAGCACUUGAUGUGAUUAGGUCAAUGCAACUGUCAAACCAACGGCCAGACUCAGUUACCAUAGCUAGGAUGCUGAAUGUUUGUGGUGACCUCAAACUUUCAGAGCUUGGGAAAGAGAUUCAUGGCCAGGUCUUGAAAAGGGAUCUUGCAUCAGUUCAUUAUGUUUCUGCUGAACUUAUGAAUAUGUAUGGGACUUGUGGAGAUGUUAGCAAAGCAAAGUUGGUCUUUGAUGCGGUCCCUGUUAAGGGUUCAAUGACAUGGACUGCUCUUAUAAAGGCGUAUGGUUAUAAUGAAUUGUAUCAAGAUGCAAUUGACCUUUUUUAUCAGAUGAAAUCGAAAGGUUUUACUCCAAACCACUUCACUUUCCAAGCAACUCUAUCUCUAUGUGAGAGAGCUGGAUUUGUUGAUGAAGCUUGUAAUAUCUUCAAUUUAAUGUUAAGUACAUAUAAGAUUGAAGCAUCGAAAGAGCACUAUGAUAUAAUGAUCCGACUUCUGACACGUUAUGGUCGACUAGAGGAGGCUCAACGAUACAUAGAAAUGAGUUCUUUGUAGCAGAGGUUGAUAAGAUUCUCAGUUUAUCAGAUACAUAUAUUGUCAAACAAUCUCACAUUCUGCUUUUGAAUCAAAAGUAGAAUUGACAUUUGCAUAUAGACAUAUUAAUUAUGUAAACAACUGUAAGUAUGUGUAUCAUACUCCUACUAGAUGUUCUACUCUCUCA